AUGAAUUUUAUACUGUUUAACAAUCCUCAUCAAAGCGGAUCUAAUAUUAUUAUUACUACUACUACUACUACUACUACUACUACUACUACUACUACUACUACUACUACUACUACUACUACUACUACUACUACUACUACUACUACUACUACUACUACUACUACUACUACUACUACUACUACUACUACUACUACUACUACUACUACUACUACUACUACUACUACUACUACUACUACUACUACUACUACUAAUGAUGUUAACACAGAAUCAAUAUAG